AUGGUUGCCGUGGAGAAGAGGCUUCAGGAGAGAUUAAAGGCAGCAGCUUCCAGAGAAGGGGAAGAUGUUCCCAGGGGCAGCCCUGAGGGUGAUGGGCAGGGGGGCUUCGGAGGAGAGGAGGGGUCCUUCAUUUGGGUGGAGAGAGUGACUCUCAGUGAGGAGUGGGAGGAGCUGCUGGGGGAAGGGUUGGAAGGGCCCGUGGUGGCAGGGAGGGAGGGAGGGAGUGAUGAGAGUCCGUUGGGGGCUCAGGGGGUUGUGACAGGAGGAGGCGAGGAGUUCUGGGAGGCAGAGAAGAGGAAAGCAGAAGAAUCCAUGGGCAUAGAAAGUGAGGAAAAGCCAGAGACAGAGAGGGAGGGAGUAGAGAUGUUGCCGGUGGUAGAGAAGAAAGGAGAGGAGUGGAAGUUGGAGCUGAAGAGCAGAGGAGGUGCAGAAAAGCUGGGGACAGAGAGGGAAGGAGUGGAGGAACAACUGGGGGUAGAGAGAAAAGAAGUUGAGGGAGAUUGGAGGGCAGAGAAGGAAGGAGAUGAGGAAGAGUGAGGGGCAGAGAAGGAGGGGGCAGAAGAACCACAGGGAAUAGAGAAGAAAGGAGGUGAGGAAAAGCUAGAGGCAAGUGAAGAACCAUUGCAGGCAGAGAGAAAGGGAGAGGAGGAACCACUGGAGGCAGAGAGAAGGGGAGGAGAGGAACCACUGGAGGCAGAGACGACCCAAGGGGCCAAGGAAGGUCUGAGUCUAGAACGACAGGAGUCCAGGGAAGGAAGUGAAUCAUGGGCAGAGGAGGCGAGUGAGGCAGGGACUCCCCUUGAGGCUAACACAGAGACACGGCCAGAGGAGGAAGGACCCCAGCCUCAGGAGAAGCUGGUAGGGGCCCUGGAGGAGGAAGGAGCGAAGCCCCAAACCGCUGCUGAGGGCCACGUCCCCUUGGGGGAUGCCACACCCCUUCUGGCUGAGACCCCAUCCCCAGAGCAGCAUGCUGAAUGCCAGCCACUGCUUUGGUGGGAGGGGCCCAGCACCAAUCCCAGUGCCCGCCCUGUGCCCACCUAUGCGCUUGCCGGGCAGCCUGAGGCAUCUGUCCCCACUGAGGGUGAAGAGGCCAGUGGCCCUAAGCAAAAGACCUGCCAGUGUUGUGCGGUCAUGUGAGCCCGUGCCCCUCCACCCCACGUCCAGCUCCUCUCUCAGCUACCUCAGCCUCUUGGCACCCAGAAGAGGAUCCCAGGCGCAGACAGGGCACCACAGGACUGGCCAUGGCACCUGGGAGCCACCUAGCCCGAACGUCCACCUACACCUGGGCUUCUGGACCCCUUGCCCAUUGCCUGUGACCCUGGCCUCCUUCUGCGAUGAAGCCUUUAUAUUUGAAAAUAAACAGUGAAAGCACUCAAAAAAAAAAAAAAAUUACAGUUGCCUGUAAUCCCAGCAUUUUGGGAGUCAGCGGCGGGAGGGUCACCUGAAGUCAGGAAUUCUAGACUGGCCUGGACAACAUGGUGAAACCCUGUCUCUACUUAAAAAAAUAAAAGAUAAAAAACUAGUCUGGUGUGGUGGCGCAUGCCUGUAAUCCCAGCUCCUUGGAAGGCUGAGGCAGGUGAAUCGCUUGAGCUCAGGAGGCAGAAGUUGCGGUGAGCUGAGAUCACACCACUGCACUCCAGCCUGGGUGGCAGAGCAAGAAUCUGUCUCCAAAAAAGAAAAAAAAAUUUGGUUUGAAUUUGUGCUCAGCAACUUUAUAUAUUUUACACCUAUAGCAACUCCUUCAGAUUGUUGUAAUAAAUGCAAUCCCCUAAAUAUUUGUGGUUCUGUGCAGACUCACCUGCUUUGCCUGACUUCACCUUUCUUGUAACAAAAUCCUGAUGGGAAGAAAGUUCACACAAACUAGACUACAUGAGAAAAACAACUACCUCCAUUUCUGUGUCUCCCUCUAUCUCUAGCAUGUCUAAUCUGUAUCCAUAUCAAAGAAAGUACUGAGAAUUUCAUGAGUAGAUUGGCUAAAGGUGUGCUUAUAUGAAAGGAUUUAAAGGCUCGCUUUUAUUUGGUCUCUCCAUCUCUUCAUUCUUCUUCCUUUUGUGUUUGGGCUUUACUGGCUCUUAAUGCAGCUGGAUUUCUCUAUGCAGCUCGAAAAGAUGAUGAUAAACAGUUGUGGCUCUCAUCAUUUUACCCCUCAUGAAUUCUGGGGAAGUUAAAGGCCAUGCCCUGCCCCAUGCCGUUUCCCAGAAUCCAAAAGUUAAAUCCCAGGGGAAUUCUCUGAUUGGGUUCACUAGGGCUACUCAUUGCUGAAACUGGAGUGGGAAGACAACUUGAGUGCCAAUCCCAUCAGAACCACGUAGGAAAGGAGAGGGGCAGUUCCUCCUUUAAAAGGGAGAUACAGGCAGGCAAAUAGGGCAGAUGGCUGCUAUAAGGGUAUAGAAGUAUAUUGCAAUGUAAAAUAUACAUGAAAAAAUGUACAAUCCAACAGGUAAUCAACAAAUAGCAAAAUAAAGAAGGUGAUGUUCUUCACUCAUCAGACUGAGUAAUAAUAGAUAAAUGAUAACGUGAUGGAGGGAAAUAGAAACUCUGACUUUCUGUUUUAUAAGAUUUUUCUUUGUCAGGCAUGGUGGCUCAUGCCUGUAGUCCAGCACUUUGGGAGGCUGAGGUGGGCAGAUGAUGAAACCCAGUCUCUACUAACAAUACAAAAAUUAGCCGGGCAUGGUGGUGGGUGCCUGUAGUCCCAGCUACUCGGGAGGCUGAGGCAGGAGAAUCACUUGAACUUGGGAGGCAGAGGUUGCAGUGAGCCGAGAUUGCACCACUGGACUCCAGCCUGGGUGACAGAGUGAGACACCAUCUCAAAAAAAAAAAAAAAUUUUUUUUCUUGAGAAAAUAAUGGUGUUAUAAAUAAUAUUUAAUAUAAGAAAAAUUUUAAUUGUUAUGUGAAAUCUGGACAUAGACUGUACAAUAAGUCUAAGUCUUUAUAAUGUUUUUAGCAAAAAUAGUGUAUGUAUGUAUGUAUAUGUAUAUAUAUUCACUGAAUAUCCAUAUUCAGUGUUAGUAGAAUUGCAUCUCCUACUGGUGGGGUUAUAGAUGGUUUUAUUUUAAUUUUCUCCAUGCUUUGAUACAUUCCCUCAUUAUCAGUGAAUGUUUAUAAUUGUGUUUCUUUUUAAUUUUAAGAUGUUAAAAAUAUAGUACACAAUAGAGAAUAUAACAAAUACGCAUGUACUCACAACCUAUAUUAGCAAUUAUCAUGUUGUUAUAUUUGUUUCAAGUCCUUUUUUAAGAAAAAGAAAUAGUCCCUUUAACCCACCAUCCUUAGCACUAUUCUCUUUACUUCUGUAAAGCUAACCACUGUGAUUAAUUAGGAAAAUAAACUGCCAAACUAUUUCCAUAUAUUUGUAUAAGUUGCUUUAUUGUAUUCAUUUUAUAAUUAGAAAAAUAGCAUGUCAAUAUGCUGCUGGAACAAAGCCCCCACAUUUCAGUGGCUUACAGCAAAAAAAGUUUGUUUCCUGACACUGUUCAUAAUUCCUAUCAUUGGUACAGAUGUUUUCCUAAUAUUUAUGUUUCUUUGAUCCUUUCAAAGGGAACACAGGAAGGUGGGUGUGCAGUACAUAGGCUUAAAUGAUUACUUUCAAAUGAUUACUCUAUAUCAUAAGCUGCUAAUUUGAGCCUAUUGCUUUUUUAAAAUAGUGUGAUUUAUUACCACAUUCUAGCUUCUUCAAAUGGUUCUGAUACAUCCAUGAGAUUGUGCCAGGACCAGGUAAUUGCCUUUCAAUAGGUUUUAACAACUGUCUACUAAAUUCGUUUAGAUUAGCUUUUAUUCCUUUACAUCUCAGCCCUCAAUAUUCUCAAGAUGCCCUUGUUUGACUACCUAUUUUGGAUAAGCUUAUCUGGUUCAGUCUUGGAAAUCAGCUUUGUGCACCACAUUCCAUAUACAGCUUUCAACCUCAUUCCCUUUGGGUAGGAACACAGCAGAUGCUCAGUUACUAUUUGUUGAAAGCGAUUGUUGAAAGGCAUGAUCCUCUUUCUCCAUGCCAACUGUCCAAGACUGGCUGGCCAGGGCUGCUUCUCGCAAGGUUUCCCAGUCAAGGGAGGAGAGGAAAUGGUGAAACUCAAUCCCAAGCUUGAUUUUAGUCUUAAAUAAUAUAUUGCUAUUUAAAAUUAUGUGUGCAGUACUCUGUAACUUAACAAGUAUCUCUUUUACACAGGAAAAAUAGCAGGCACCCAGAGAGUACAGUUCUCUGUGUGAUGGAAUGGAUGAAGUCCUGCUUCCUCUCUGGACUUCUUUUAAAGCCAGAAAUAAAAUCCAUGUUUAUAAGUCACUCAUUUUGUUAUGUCUGAAGCGAGGAGUUCUGUAUGACCAACUUUGGGUGGGACUUGUCCAGAUUUGUCCUUUGAACACAGAGCUGUCCAUUUUUGGCUUCAAUCCGUCUACCUUCUCAUUCCAAAGCAGGGUUUCUGAAUCUGGUACCCUCAGCUCUGCAACCCUCCCACUGCCCACAUCCCAAGGGAAUGCAGUUCUAGGUCCUGCUGAAUUUUGGCUAGGUUUCUUCACUUGUCUCAGACCUGUAUCAUAAAUUCAGGAUUUCUGUUUGGCUGGCAACUUUGCUUCUCUCCUCUGUUCUCACCUCUCCAUUUUCUUGUUCUAUUUAUUGCUAACCAGCACUACAUUUCUACCACAUUUCAGCAAGUAAAAUAGCAGCUUUCCUGAAUUCUCAUAAAGAGAAAGGGAACAUUGCAAUUGAACACUCUGUGACUCUAAUUGAAAAUUAUUCAAAAAGGUUGUUUUCAAAAUCCAUUAAAGGAUACUUUUCAAACAUCAUUUCUGAAAUUCAGCAUUUCAACCUUAGAUUUGAGAACUCUUCUCUAGUCUAAUGUGGAUGAAUUUGUGGGGAAAAGAAUAAGCUAAUGAAGCCUCUCUACUCUGUGAAAAGUGAUUGUGAUAAUGUAUUCAGUUUCCCAUAAUGUUAGAAAGGCACAGCAAAUUACUGCAGCUGCUCCAUCGAUGGUGGUUUUGUUUUUCCUAAUUAGUAGCUUCUUUUGUAUUCUCCCCAGAACACAUGUGACUCUCAUGAACUUUUUUGUUGUCAUAUUCCUCAAGUUGUGAGGUAUUACAGGUAGAUGUGAAGUUAUUUUUACUGUGGCACAAGCUCUGGAUAAAUUAACACACAUUUUAAAAGAUUGGUAGGGACAAAAUGGAUGUGUUCUGCAGUAUCCAAGUUUAGCUCUUGUAUUGCCCAAAUUAGAAGCUUUAAUCAAAAACAUAAUAGGCUUUUGUGUAUUUUGCGCAUGAACAUAUGCCUGAGCCAAAAGAAAGAAGUGCAAAAGAACCCUCGAUUUUGUUAUUGGGGGCUUGGUUGCUGAAGCAAAUGGAUCUGGAAAGAAGCAGUGUGUAUUGUGUUUUAUCUGUGAACCAUAUGGGUUGCAUGUAGCUAUGGUGUGCAGAGGAGCACCACGGGAAACACAGAUCCACCAUGUUGAGACUCUGGGUAGAGAAGGUUUAUAUGAGGUUCUGUCUGUAGCUUCCUGCCUACUAUAACUCUCACCAAUCAGAUAAACUUAAGAGAAAUUAACUUUUGGAAUUAUGUAACAAAUGUCCUUGAAAAGCAUGUUUGAAAAUUAAAAGCACAGUUGUGCAUGACAGAUUUAAUUAUUCCAAAUUUGGGCAUUGACUCCAUUGUUUCAAACCCUGCUUCUGCCUUUGGGUGAACCAGUACUUUGUAGAUCUGAAUGUUGAGAUUUACCUAACAUUAAUUUGUGGGUGCUGAGUGAGCCUCCUCUUACUAAGAGAUAGUUGUCAAGACCAAUUUUGGUGGCUAUGUAAAAAUCACAAUUUACAAAGCUACUGAAAAACUCAACUGUCUCUCUGCUUUCCAGGAUAUAACUGCUUCAGUAUGUAACUGAUAUUCCAAAGUCAGAAUUAGGCAAUUUUGACUUGGGGACAAAAAUGUAAAUUCUUUUGACUCAAGUUUUUUUUAUUUAUAAAGAAAGAAAGAAAAAAAGAACUCAGGCUCUGAUGACAUCAGACAGACAGAUCUAAGUUUGAGUUGGCACUACUCGGUGGCAUUUUGCCCCUGCCCUAGAGAUCCCAACUUUGCAGUUUCCCAGCUGUUUGACUUGGAGGAAAUAACUUUUUGAAGGUUCAGAGUUUUUCUCAUUUGCAAAAUGGGAAUAUCAAUACUGUCUACCUCUGAGAGUAGUGGUAAGCAUGAGAUAAAUUAUGUAAACUGUGAGGCACAGUGCUUGGCCCAUAUUAAAGAUACAGAAAUAUUAGUCUUCUAUAAAGAAAAAAAUAUAAUGACUGAUAUGGUUAGGCUUUGUGUCCCCACCCAAAUCUCAUUUUGAAUUAUAAUCUCUAUAAUCCCCGUAAUUCCCAUAUGUCAAUGGAGAGAGCAGGUGGAGGUCAUUGAAUCAUGGGGGCAGUUCCCCAUGCUGUUCUCAUGAUAGUGAGUGAGUUCUAAUGGGAUCUGAUGCUUUUAUAAGGGGCUCUUCCCCCUUUGUUUGGCACUUCUCCUUCCCACCGCCUUGCAAAGGAGGUGUCUUGCUUCCUCUUUCCUUUCCACCAUGAUUGUAAGUUUCCUGAGGCCUCACCAACUGUGCUGAGCUGUGAUUCAACUAAAUCUCUUUCCUUUGUAAAUUACUCAGUCUCGGGCAGUUCUUUAUAGCUGUAUAAAAUGAACUAAUAGAGUAAAUUAGUACAAAGUGAGUGGGGUGCAGCUAACAAGAUAUCUGAAAAUGUGGAAGUGACUUUGGAACUGGGUAACCUGUUGGCAGAGGUUGGAACAAUUUGGAGAGCACAGAAGCAGAAGGAAGGUAUGGGAAAGUUUGGAACUUCCUAGAGACUUGUUGAAUGACUUUGGCCAAAAUGCUAAUAGUGAUAUAAACAAUGAAAUCCAGUCUGAGGUGUUCUCAGAUGGAGAUGAGGAACUUGUUUGGAACUAGAAUAAAGGUGACCCUUGCUGUGCUUUAGCAAAGAGACUGGUGGCAUUUUCACCCUGCCGUAGAAAUCUGUGGAACUUUGAACUGGAGAGAGAUGAUUUAGGAUACCUGGGGGAAGAAAUUUCUAAGCAGCAAAGCAUUCAAGAGGUGACUUGGAUGCUCUUAAAAACAUUCAGUUUUAUACACUUACAAAGCGAUGGUUUGGAAUUGAAACAUGUUUAAAAGGGAAGCAGAGCAUGAAAAUUUGAAAAAUUUGCUGCUUGACAAUGCAAUAGAAAAGAAAAACCUAUUUUCUGAGGAGAAAUUCAAGCCAGCUCUGGAAAUUUGCAUAAGUAAUGAGGAAUCAAAUUUUCCCAAGACACUGGGGAGAAUGUCUCCAGAAUAUGUCAGAGGUCUUAACAGCAGCUCUUCCCAUCAUAGGCUUGGAGGCCUAGGAGAAAAAAAAAUGUUUUAAUGGGCCAAGCCAAGGGCCUUGCUGCUUUGUGCAUUCUUGGGACUUGGUGCCCUGUGUCUCAGCUGUGAUUAAAAGGGACCAACAUAGAGCUCAAGCUGUUGCUUCAAGGAUGCAAGCCCUAAGCUUUGGAAGCUUACACAUGGUAUUGGGCCUGUGGGUGCACAGAAGCCAAUACUUUAGGUUUGGGAACCUCUGCUUAUAUUUCAGAGGAUAUAUGGAACACCUGGAUAUCCAGACAGAAGUUUGCUGCAGGGGUGGAACCCUCAUGGAGAAACUCUUCUAGGACAGUAGAGGAGGGAAAUGUGGGGUCAAAGCAGUCCCUACUGGGGAGCUUCCUAGUGGAGCUGUGAGAAGAGGGCCACUGUCCUCCAGACCUCAGAAUGGUAGAUCCACUGACAGCUUGUACUAUGUGCCCAGAAAAGCCACAGAUACUUAAUGCCAGGCUGUGAAAGCAGCUGGGAGGGGUGCUAUACCCUACAAAAUCACAGGGGUGGAGCUGCCCAAGUACAUGGGAGCCUACCCUCUUGCAUCAGCAUGACCUGGAUGUGAGACAUAGAGCCAAAGGAGGUCAUU